GAUCCCCUCCUCGCUGCUCCUCCCUACCCCUCCCUCCUCGUCUGCAUCCUCACCCGUAUUCUCUCCUCCUUCAGCGCCCUCCUGUUUUCAGUGUGCGUUACGCCCUUCCAGUUAAACAGAUCUAUCACUUCCUGUUAGCUCGCAGCCAUGGGAGGGUUCCAGAGUGUGUUCAAGCGCCUUUUCUCCAAGAAGGAGAUGAGAAUUCUCAUGGUUGGUCUCGAUGCCGCCGGUAAGACCACCAUUCUUUACAAGCUCAAGUUGGGUGAGAUCGUUACCACCAUCCCAACCAUCGGGUUCAACGUCGAGACUGUCGAAUACAAGAAUAUCAACUUUACCGUUUGGGACGUUGGUGGCCAGGACAAGAUUCGCCCACUUUGGAGGCACUACUUCCAGAAUACCCAGGGCCUCAUCUUCGUUGUUGACAGUAACGACAGAGAUCGUGCGGCUGAAGCAAGAGAUGAGCUACACCGAAUGCUCAAUGAGGACGAACUGCGUGAUGCUGUUUUGCUCAUCUUUGCCAACAAGCAGGAUUUGCCAAAUGCAAUGAGUGCCGCAGAUAUUACAGACAAACUGGGGCUUCAUUCCCUCAGACAACGUAACUGGUACAUUCAAGCCACUUGUGCCACGUCUGGAGAGGGACUUUACGAAGGAUUGGACUGGCUGUCGAACCAACUAGCCAAGAAGGGCUAAUCUCUUGAUGCUGAAUAAACAUGUUCCUUCCUCUGCUCUUUCUCGGAAUCAGAGGGAGGAAGGGGAGCGAUGGACGGACAAAGCUUUCAACCGGAGCCUCUGGUGGAGUGCAGGCAAUGCGAUGAUGAAGGAACUGUUCCUUGAACGAAUGUUUUGCAACAGAAGUUGAGGGAAAUUUUGUACACUGUGCAAAACUAGCUCGACGGAGUGCUCGUUCGCUCUGAAUUGAUUGUAUUUUCGGGAGGGCAACAGAUUCUGUUUUACGUCAUCGAGUAUAGUUUGCUUGCUCCGUGAUUACUUUGCGUCCUUAACUUGUUUAGUAAAUCUUCGAGAAUUA